AUGGCUCCCACGCGAUCGUGUAAAAUUUGCGAAAAAACAGUGGGAAAAAGCACCUUUAGAAUUCAGUGUUGUGGUCCAUGUAAAGACUGGAUGCACCUGUCGUGUUCUGGACUAAAGAAAGAAGAUCUUGAUGCGGUCAAGGCUGAGAAAAUAAAAUUUUUCUGCAAGGGCUGCAAAAGUGAGGUUAACCGCCGCCUCUCUAUGCGUGUGAGUCAGGGCAAACUUUAUAAACAAAGUCAAGACUCGGUGACCUCGUCUUCUGAAAGCAGCACCGACGAGUCGCAGGGCCGAUUGGCCACCCAGCCUGGAGGAACAAAAAGGAAAUCGAUCAGAGACUCCAAAAAUGUAACCAUCCGUAAAAAAACAUCCACAUCUACAGAUGUAAACAUACCUGAUUUGAGCCAAAAGUUUGAGAAGCUUGAAGAAUCUAUGGGAUUCUCAAACGGGAUUCUGGAAGAACUCAGGAAAUCUUUUAAAAACAUUAUCUCCGAAAAUAAAAAAAUAAAAAAUGAGCAGGAACUACUGCGCAAAAAAGUGAACCACCUACAAAAUGAAGUGGAGAAAAUCAAAGGAUCACUGAAAACUUCUCAUCCCCAAAUCACAGAGAACACAAAAAGAAAUUUGAUCAUUAUGGGUUUGGGUUUGCAGUGCGAAGGUACCCAGGAGUCGGUUAAUGUUGAAAAGCUUCUUAGACUUCUUAACAUUGAAGUGCAAGCUAGUGAGUAUACUGUAAAAACACUACCUAGCAGAAUACCUCACAAACCAAUUCUGCUAACACUACCAUCUGAAUACAAAAAGCAAGAUAUCCUGCUUGCCAGGAGGGCGAAAGGCAAAAUAACAUCAGCUGACAUUGGACUUCCAGGUGAGGAACAUAAUAUAUACCUCAAUGAAGACCUCCCAGAAGAAAUAAGGGCACUACACAAUAGUGCCAGAGAACUAAAAAAGCAUGGCUUCAAACAUGUAUGGCUAAAAAAUGGACUUGUCUUCUGCCGUAAAUCGGACACGGCCAAGAUAGUUAAACUUAGCACCAUCGAGCAAAUUGAUGAUAUAAAAGCAAAUUUAACUAUGCCAAAAGAUAACCUCGAUGGAGACUCUGGCCAGGACUGA